AACAACAGAAUAGUUGUUGUGAAAAGUAUGUUUAUUUAUACAUAUGCUAGUUUUGAUUCCUAUUAUACUGAGCUUUAGUUCAGUACAAGCAGAAUUUAAUAUUUAAUUUCUAGUGCACUUAUUUACUGCCUUAAUUUUUAACAUGAUGAAUGAAGUAAAUCUUGCGAAAUUAAAAGUAAAAUCCUAUACGUCAUACAUGCACUAGUUUAAAAUCAGCGCGAGGUGUUUCUAUUUCUAGGCGUCGACGCGAGUCACGUGAUCCCGAGAGAAAUUGAUUUACCUGCGGUCUGACCGUCGCACCUGUACGAGUGUGUGAUCACAGAUCCUGAUCGAGGCUCACACUCCUGAUCUGUCAUUAUAAGUUAUAAUAUUCAAUAUACAUUCAUGAUAUUCCUCUCAGUGGAGUGUCAGGACAAUGGAAAUGUGAAUCCUGUAUAUUCAUCUUGAACUCUGUUCUGAGUGUCGUUGGUCAGUUUCAUCGGUCAGUCCAGCUCAGAAACACAGACGGACUCCAGCAUGACGGAUAAACCUGAAACAUCUGAAGAGAUCAAACCUCUGAACCUCCCUGAUCUGACCCGAUCCGAUGGAGAUGUUCAGGGAGCCGACAGCAGGACGGAGAGCACCAGAGAGCUGGAGCGACGAGACGACUGGACGGAGACUGAGGAGAAGAAGUCACAGCACAGAGACGACGACGGUUCACUGGCUGACGAUGAGGAGGAAGGUGAUGAAGUUGAUGGGAACGGGUCGCAGGACUCCUGGCUGCCAGAGAAAGCGGUGCAGUCGUUCACUCCGAACGUGACGAUCGUUCAGCCCACGGGACGAGAAGACGUUCAGAUGCAGGAGAUCCAGAUGGAGAAGAUCCCUCUGUAUGUGCAGAACUUCCACACAAACCCUCCACAACACUUCCACCCGCCCUGGAUCGACGAUAUAGACAAACCUGGAGACAGUUAUUGUGUGGAGGUUGUGCGGUUGUGCGCGUGUGUAACGGCUGCCGCGGUCAUGUUCCCGUUACUGACGUGGGGCGGGUACAAGCUCCUCCCCUUUGACGCCCCGCCCCUCGACAGCACCCCCCUCAGGCUGGUCUACACACUGCGCUGUGCGUUUUUCGCCAGCAUUCCCAUCAUUCUGGGUGUGCUGGUUCAGGGCGUGUCCCGUCUGAAGUUUGGGACGCUGAGGCCUCUGUUUGACGGGACGUGGGAGAAUCGUGAGGUCUCCGUUCACGGACACUACGUCCGAGACUCACUCCACCUGUACCUGCUCUACUUCCUGCAGCUCGCUGUCAUGGCAACAUACACCCAACAGGAAACGCUCAAACUGGUGCCGCUGCUCACCAUCAUCUUCGUGAUUGGCAGGCUGAUCUACUGGGUUUGCGUGGCGUUGGGCAGCAGCGUACGAGCGCUCGGUUUCGCGCUCUCGUUCCUUCCUCUGCUUGUUCUGCUGGGAGCAAACCUCUACUUCAUCGGCUCUGUGAGAGGACAGGAGGCGGUGUUUGAUGUGGCCCCGCCCACCACAGCCCCACCCCCAAAACCAAGGUGGUGGGGGUGAACACAAUGACACGUUCAGCAUCUGAAUAAUCAGAACGAUCACUUAAACAAAUGUGGGUGCGACUUUGCUGCUGACGUCCACCUCCGUCCAGCCAGACAAUCAAAUAAUGAAGACUGAAAGACUGGAGAAUCAUUCAGUAAAGACUCUCUUGCACUGAAACUCAAUAUGUGUCAUGAGACUAAACCUGUUUAACUGCUGUAAACCCCGGUGGUUUGGGCUUUCACGAUCUGACCUCAAUAUUUACUCAGUUAGUAGAGGAGUGACUCUCACAAAGCCUGUCAUGAUCACAUUUUACCUUGAAAUCAAAAGAAAGAACUGGCAACUUAUAGCCUUUCUAUAUAAUGCAUUAUAAACGUAUUUUAAUUCACCUUAUAAUGCAUCAUAUGACCUCAUGAAUAAUUGUAACCACAGUUAUAAUACAUUAUUAUACUUAUCUAUUCAUUCAACACCCCUUCAGAAAGUAUAAUGCAUUAAAACGCAUGAAAACUUCCAAGUGGAAUCUGAAAAUAUUAUAAUGCAUUUUAACUUUGGUUACAGUUAUUUAUGAAAAGAUAAUGCAUUAAAAUGUACAUUAUACAUAAAGGCUAUAUUUUGCUUGUUUUUAGGACCAUUAUGAUGCCUUUCUUUUAUUAUUACAUGAGAAUUAAACACAUUUCUCUCCCAAAUUUUCAACAUUCUUAUUACUGUAAAGUGAAAUUAUAGAGAUAUGUGUUCAAUAUUCAUGCAGAUGUCACAAUACAAGCGUAAGAAUCCUAAAACGGGCCUUGAAAUGUAAUUUGUAAGCCGGAUAUGUUGGAUAAUAGAGUGUUUUACAGAGAAGUAUUUUGAUGUUUAAUGUUUCAGACAUGCAUCAUGCAGUUAUUUAUGUCAUGAUGUGAUUAUAAUUGUUGAUUUGUGCCAUAUUCCUCAUAUGUUUGUCCUAAUGCAGUCUUGCUUAUGACUUCACAGUCUGAUGUUUCCAUCUUUAUUGAAUGUUUAUGAAUAAAUGAUGCACAGGA